AACCAACAACCAUGAUACAACCACAGCUUCUCAGUCCUUUGCGACUGGCAUUCUCAAACAGCAGCACGUCGCAAGAUGUCUUCUGCUCUUUGAAAUAUAGCCCCAAUGACGGGGUGUUCGGGAGUUAAGUCCCUUGCACUCCUUGCCGUUGGUGGUUGUAUAUUACAGCUUCCACCUCGGCCAACGCUGUAAUCGCGUUCUCAUCGAUCUCAAUCGAUACUUUGUUCUUUCUAUUCAAAUACUUGGUGUGCAGGAGAGUGUAGAGCUCUCGUGGAGAGAGAAGAGGUCAAUCACGGUUGACAAACAAGCUUCAAGAAUUGGAGCUAGAAGCUGGACUACAGCACAGAAAAUUGAAAUACAUCAAGAAUAAUCAACCAAAACUCGAAAUCGAGACCAAAUUCCAAGAUGUCGAUCACCCACCUUUCCACAGAACUUCUCCAGAAGAUAUACGAUUACUCAGACCUACAAGAUCUCCUCAGCGUAGCUCGAACUUCGAGGAGAACCUACCGAGUCUUCCUGGGUCGCCGCAUGCAUCAUUACGAACAAGGACUUCACAAUUCAUACAGUCCAUUACCCUCACUCCUCAAACUAGUCCUCAGCAACGAACCCGACAAGAGCCGCAAACCCAUUGGGAUGGAAAUUCGAAUUAACAUGAUCCUCGGUCGCAUAAUUCAGGCUGGAGAUAAACCAAAAUUGACCCUAGAGCACAUGAAGAAGAUGGUCGAAUACGGCAAGAUUGCAGACCGGUGGACAGAGCUCUAUCCACGCCUGCGCUGGCGAUUUGGAUCCGAUAACAGACGACUCCUUCAUCCUCAUGAGAAGGAGCGUCUUCGCAGAGCGAUUUACCAUCACUGGACCUAUACCACGCUCUUCCACUCCCGAGUCUUCACUCAAUACUCUCCAGACCCACCUUCCCCAGCCUCCCACGAUGAUCCUCGCCACCGACUCCUCCGCACAUACUCUACCGUCGAACAUGUCCAGCUGUCCGAAUUCCUAGCACACGUCGAACAACUUGUCGAACUCGACCUAUACCCUUCGAACUCCAUCGUUCAAGACCAUUAUUCGCACUCUUUGCCACCUCGAGCCUUGGCCAAAAUCGCUUGGGGAGAAGGGAAUGAAUACAGGCGCCUCGUCCGUGAUAUAAUGAAGCUGUCUCCAGCAGAUCUUCUCCACCUUGUCGAGAACACCACAACCAAGACGGAGCGCCUAGAUUUUCUAUACGCGAAGGAAGCUUGUUUCGGAGAUGUGCCAGCUACGCUGAAUUAUGCACUGUCGACUGUAUCUGUAGAACGUGCAAGACAUUGCUGGGGCUUAGAAGGGCCGGCUCUCAAGAUGCUGGUGCCAAGUCUACAAUUUGCCAGCCUACGACCAAGUCUUCCUGAACCAGAAUCUGAUUUUGGCGAUGACAACUUGGUGUUUGGCAUUGUGGAUGUUGUCGCAAGAGAGAAGCUUGAGGUGUUGGAAGCUCAUAUAGCAUGUGAUGCCGUUGAGACUGGAGAGUGGGAUAAGUACUGUGGUCAAAUUGGUUUAGCACCCAGCGCGGUUGUUGUUGAAGAGACAAAUGAUGAGGUUUGAGCAGCGUCUGGAAAAUUUCCUUCUUCAUAUCAUGUUGGGUGUUUAAUUGAGAUGAGUAAUAGAGUGUGCAAUAUAUAUCUCACGGUUCUUGGGCUGAUUCUGACUCAUUGGAAAGUCCUGUGCCAAUUGCUGCCAGCC